CUUCCCCUCUCACAGACAUCUCUCUGUCAGCCCGGUAGUGGUGGUGGUGGUGUGGUGGUGUUUCGUAAUCGUAAUCGUAAUCGGCCGUGGUGUCCCUGCUUCUCUCAGCCGGCAAGAAUGGCAGCGCUCAGGACUCUCACGAAACUGUGCCAACACUCCCAGCAUCAAGUCUGUAAACUGCACACGUCCGCCCUGAGACAGGAGGCGGUGGUCAUCUCAGGAAAGAAACUAGCACGGCAGAUUCGGGAGGAGGCCCGGGCCGACGUGGAGAAAUGGGUUUUAGCCGGCCACAGGAGACCCCAUCUGAGUGUGAUUCUCGUAGGAGACAACCCAGCCAGCCACUCCUACGUCCUGAACAAGACACGCGCUGCAGCUGAUGUCGGAAUCUCUAGUGAGACGAUUCUCAAGCAUUCAGACAUCACUGAGGAGGAGUUAUUGGACCUGAUCUACAAACUCAACACAGACCAUCGUGUGGACGGCCUGCUGGUCCAACUGCCUCUGCCAGACCACAUCGAUGAGCGCACAGUCUGUAAUGCAGUUUCCCCUACCAAGGACGUGGACGGUUUCCAUGUAGUCAAUGUGGGUCGCAUGUGCCUGGAUCAGUCCACCAUGCUCCCCGCCACUCCCUGGGGAGUCUGGGAAAUGAUUAAACGCACAGGUAUUCCUACUCUUGGGAAGAAUGUCGUGGUUGCAGGACGCUCCAAGAAUGUGGGCAUGCCUAUCGCCAUGUUACUGCAUACAGACGGCCGUCACGAGAGGCCCGGAGGUGAUGCCACGGUCACCAUUUCUCACCGUUACACUCCAAAGGAGCAACUUUGCCAACACACUAAAAUCGCUGAUAUCAUCGUGGCUGCUGCAGGGAUUCCAAACCUCAUUACUGCAGACAUGAUCAAAGAGGGAGCAGCAGUGAUUGAUGUUGGAAUAAACAGAGUGCAGGACCCGGUCAGUGGAAAGAACAGACUGGUUGGAGACGUGGAUUUUGAAGGCGUCAGACAGAAGGCAGGCUUCAUCACUCCAGUGCCUGGAGGUGUGGGACCCAUGACUGUGGCGAUGCUCAUGAAGAACACUAUCAAAGCAGCUAAGAACGUUCUGCUGUAUCCGCCAGAGAGGAUCCGCAUGGCGGCUGCGUCUUAAUGGCCUGGCGCAAAUCCCAGCAACAGUGACACAUUCCACCCACUCCAACACUACCACCCACCCCCUCUUUUUUUACUCGGAGCAACCUGAUGAGCUCCCCUUGCACAUGGACUGGGAAGAUGAUAGCUUUAAGCCUCUUUUGCUGCUGACAUCUUUAACCUUUCCUAACUUCAAGUCCAGCCAUGUUUAGACUGUUACAUUCACUCAUGCUGCUGCAUGUUUUAUGUAACAGGGUUCUCAGUAUUUAUCAUUUGCAAUGUAUUUCUGUGGGAUUUUGGAGUUUUAAAGAAUCUUGAGAGGUUGUUUUAUUUAUUACUACAUUAGGAUAAUAUUUAAACAUGAAUGGAGCCAUGUUACAGUAUUUAACUCAAAGCUGGUGAGCAGUUAAAGCAAAACAACUGAGGCCUGUUUCUUGGUUUUUUUUCAGAUAGUUUAGCCUUAUGUGUCAAGAGUGAAAAGGGCUAACAUCAUCAGGAACAAGUAUGUUUAUCAAUAUACAAGCUUUAAAGAUUCACAAUUGCCUUUGUAAAAACUUUGAAAUAAAUAUUACAAAUAUGUUCUCA